UACUUUCUUCCUUAUAUGCUCUCCUCCCCUCAUAAAUAUUCUCUCUUUUUUUCUUUUUGAGUGUGUAUUAAUAUUCUUUCUUCUUUAUGUUAUUCUUCUUCUGAUUCUGUUUAAGGGAAGUAUUGAAGGUUCACCACCCAAAUAGCAAUGGCUGACAUUGCACAUCCUCCUAUGGAACAACUUCAAGACCUUGAGUACUGCAUUGACUCCAAUCCUCCUUGGCCUGAAACCGUCUUGUUAGCCUUUCAAAAUUACAUAUUAGUGCUUGGCACAAGUGUGAUGAUUCCCUCGUGGCUUGUACCCUUAAUGGGUGGAUCAGAUGGGGAUAAGGCAAAGGUUAUACAAACUCUGCUCUUUGUGGCUGGUAUAAAUACUCUUCUCCAAGCACUGUUUGGAACCAGGUUGCCAGCUGUUGUUGGAGGUUCAUUUGCAUAUGUUGUUCCGAUUGUCUAUAUAAUUAGCGACUCACAUCUUCAACGAAUUAGUGAGCCACAUGUUAGAUUUGUACAUACGAUGCGAGCUAUUCAAGGAGCUUUGAUUGUUGCAUCUAGCAUUCAAAUUAUUUUGGGAUACAGCCAAGUUUGGGGGCUUUUCUCACGCUUCUUCAGUCCCCUUGGGAUGGCACCCGUUGUCGGAUUAGUUGGUUUGGGCCUAUUUCAGCGAGGAUUUCCUGCACUAGGGAAUUGCAUUGAAAUUGGGCUUCCAAUGCUGUUGUUGGUGAUUGGCUUAUCACAAUAUCUAAAGAAUGUUAAACCACUGAGGGAUUUUCCAAUUUUCGAGCGGUUUCCUGUUUUGAUUUGUGUUACCAUUAUCUGGAUAUAUUCCAUUAUUCUGACGGCUAGUGGGGCUUACCGUGACAAAUCAAAUAAAACUCAACAUAAUUGCCGCACUGAUAGAGCAAAUCUCAUAUCUACUGCUCCAUGGUUCAUGUUCCCGUAUCCUCUGCAGUGGGGUCCUCCUACUUUUGCAGCAGGGCAUUCUUUUGCUAUGAUGUCUGCAGUUCUUGUGUCAAUGGUUGAGUCAACCGGAGCUUAUAUGGCAGCAUCUCGUCUGGCAAUUGCCACUCCACCUCCUGCCUAUGUACUAAGCCGUGGCAUUGGAUGGCAGGGAAUAGGCGUUUUGCUUGAUGGACUUUUCGGAACAGGCACUGGUUCCACUGUUUCUGUGGAAAAUGUGGGACUUCUUGGAUUGACUCGAGUUGGAAGUCGAAGAGUCGUUCAGAUUUCUGCUGGUUUUAUGAUAUUCUUCUCUAUGCUUGGGAAAUUUGGUGCUGUUUUUGCAUCAAUACCUUUCCCAAUAUACGCUGCACUAUACUGUGUUCUGUUUGGCCUUGUAGGCUCAGUUGGAUUAUCAUUUCUUCAAUUCACAAAUUUGAACUGUAUGAGGAAUCUCAUAAUAACAGGUCUUUCACUUUUCCUUGGGAUAUCAAUACCACAAUUUUUCAAUGAGUAUUGGUAUCCAGCUCGUCAUGGUCUUGUUAACACCCAUGCAGGAUGGUUCAAUGCAAUUGUUAACACCAUAUUCACGUCGCCUCCAAUGGUGGGGCUAAUAGUUGCUGUGUUUCUUGACAAUACACUGGAAGUGGAGAAAGCAAAGAAAGACCGAGGCAUGCCAUGGUGGGUGAAGUUCAGAACUUUCAGAGGUGAUAACCGAAAUGAAGAGUUCUAUACAUUGCCAUUCAAUCUCAAUCGAUUCUUUCCACCUACGUAGCAAGUGUGAAAACAAAUCCAUAGUUCUAUUUUGCGAUUAAGUUAACAUGUUAGAUCAAAGUCUCAGAAUGUCUCAAUUUAUUUACAGACACAUAUGAUCCAUCACAAGCUAAUUUUUGUAACCUGAAUUUCUUUGAUUUUUUGUGGGCAUUGGGUAGCAAGGUCCCAGGUAGGAAUCUGUAGAGCUUACUGAUCAAUGCUGUGUAGCUAUUGCACUUCGUUGAAUAAGGAAAAAAAAAUCUCCUUCUCCUUCUUAA